GGUGCUUUAUUCCAGAAGUGGCUUUUUGAGGCAGCGCGAGAGUUAGUGUGGUCUUUCGUCAGCUUCCACCAUGGCGUACCGUGGCCAGGGCCAAAAAGUGCAGAAGAGAUCUCGGAUUCAGGUGUGGCUUUAUGAGCAAGUGAAUAUGCGGAUAGAGGGCUGUAUCAUUGGUUUUGAUGAGUACAUGAACCUUGUAUUAGAUGAUGCAGAAGAGAUUCAUUCUAAAACAAAGUCAAGAAAACAACUAGGUCGGAUCAUGCUGAAAGGAGAUAAUAUUACUCUCCUCCAAAGUGUCUCCAACUAGAAAUGACUAAUGAAAUGAAAAAUUGAGGAGCAAUACAGUUUGUGUUUUUUAGGUGUUCUUUGUUGCGGGUAGUCCUUGAACAUUUAUUCAUAUUGUUGUGAGUACCCUUUUGUUAUUGCCAGACCACAAUAAAUGCUAUGUGAUUGUUUUUAUUAAAAAAUUUACAUUGUUCUUUCUAUCCAGUGGUAGAGGCCCUAUACACAGUGACACCAUUAGCUGUUGGUAUUUUAGUUUUCUGAAGAGUGGCUGUUAGUGAGCAUUUGCUUUUCACAGAGCCUGCUCUAUGGAUUAAGGUAAAGAGUAGGAAUUCUAAUGGACAAAUAAGCUUCUGAUAUUGGGUGGGAGAGAACAAGAAGGUUCACAGAAAUAAAGGCUGUUACACUAAUAAUGUGUCUUCAUCAUCAAUUCUAAUUCUGGAUGCUGGAACACUAGAGUUUUAACCACAGUAGGUUGGGGACAUAACAUCUAUAGUAUUUCAUAGAUGGGGAGUUACUGUGUGUUUGUUAAUUU